AUGAAGACUACGAUUCUACUGUUUUGUCUUCUAGGAUCAACUCAGGCAUUACCAAUUCAGCUUAACCCUGCUUUGAGACUUCCUCCAACAAAGCUGGUUCCAGAUCAGGCAACCCUACUAAACCAACAGCAGCCAAAUCAGGUCUUCCCUUCUUUGGGUGUAAUACCAUUGACACAGAUGCUCACACUGGGGUCAGAUCUGCAACUGCUAAAUCCUGCUGCAGGAAUGGCACCUGCUGCCCAGACCCUCCCACUGACCCUGGUGGCAUUAAACGUACAACAGCAGCUGCAACCACAAAUGUUACCAGUUAUUGUAGCACAACUUGGAGCUCAGGGGACCAUCCUAAGCUCAGAGGAAUUGCCGGUGGCCCCACAAAUCUUCGCAGGCCUCAUCUUCCAGCCCUUGCUCUCCGGAGCCAUACUGCCCACCAGUCAGGCUAAUCCAGAUGUCCAAAAUGGAAUCCUUCCUGCAGGACAAGCAGGAAUAAAUCCUCCUAUCCGCAGAGCUCCAGGGAGCCCCUUCCCAACUCCCAGUGGUGCAGGCAAUGACUUUGGAGUGACCACUCCUGCAGGCAUCCAGAGAGGCAUGCUCACUACCGAGGAAACCACCACAGGGUCCCCAAGUGGAAUUCGGUAA